AGAAUAGUUAUAUAUAGUGGUGGUCAUCUAUAGGAUAGUUAUAUAUAGCGGAAGUCAUCUAUAAGAAUAGUUAUCUUAGCAGUGGUCAUCUCUAGAAUUGCUGACCGUGGGGUUGUCAUCCCUAGUACAGAUCAUCCGUGUUGUGGUUAUCCAUCAAUAUGGUGGUUAAUAUUCCAGCUGUUGAAAUCCCUAGAGGUGAUGCUACAGUGGUCAUUCCUUGGGGUCAUUAUCCUAAUCAUAGUCAUCCCUAGAUAACAUGUCAGCCCUAGCUUGGUCAUCCCUAGAGAACAUGCCAGCCCUAGCUUGGUCUUCCCUAGAGAACAUUCCAGCCCUAGCUUGGUCAUCCCUAGAGAACAUGCCAGCCCUAGCUUGGUCAUCCCUAGAGAACAUGCCAGCCCUAAUUUGGUCAUCCCUAGUGAAUAUGCCAGCCCUAGCUUGGUCAUCCUUAGAGAACAUGCCAGCCCUAGCUUGGUCAUCCCUAGAGAACAUGCAAGCCCUAGCUUGGUCAUCCCUAGAGAAUAUGCCAGCCCUAGCUUGGUCAUCCCUAGUAAACAUGCCAGCCCUAGUUUGGUCAUCCCUAGAGAACAUGCCAGCCCUAGUUUGGUCAUCCCUAGAGAACAUGCCAGCCCUAGUUUGGUCAUCCCUAGAGAACAUGCCAGCCCUAGUUUGGUCAUCCCUAGAGAACAUGCCAGCCCUAGUUUGGUCAUCCCUAGAGAACAUGCCAGCCCUAGCUUGGUCAUCCCUAGAGAACUUGUCAGCCCUAUAG